AUGCUGAAACGGGGACCCGAGGAGGGCGGCACCGCUCAGCCUGCCAGCAGGGUCCCUGUAGCACAGCGACCAAAGCUAACGUCCUGCUGUGAAGAGGAGGGAGAAGCCUUCGGCAAGCAGCGACAGGGACCUGCCCCCGGGGUCCUGCACAGGAUCCAAACAUCCUGCACGCAGCCCCCAGAUGGGGAGGGUUGUGAGUGUGUGAGUGUGUCAGUGUGUGUGUGUGAAUGUGAGCAUUGUGAGUGCGACAGUGAGUGUAUGUGUCCGAGUGUAUGUGAGUGUGAGUGCGUGUGUGCAAGUGUGUAUGUGAGUGUGAGUGCGUCAGUGAGUGUGUGUGUCCGAGUGUAUGUGAGUUGUGAGUGUGACAGUGAGCGUGUGUGCAAGUGUGUAUGUGAGUGCGACAGUGUGUGUGUGAGUGUGUGUGUGUAUGUGAGUGUGAGUGCGACAGUGAGCGUGUGUGCGAGUGUGUGUGUAUGUGAGUGUGAGUGUGACAGUGAGUGUGUGUGCGAGUGUGUGUAUGUGAGUUGUGAGUGUGACAGUGAGCGUGUGCGAGUGUGUGUAUGUGUGUGUGAGUGUGAGUGCGACAGUGAGUGUGUGUGCGAGUGUGUGUGUGUGUAUGUGAGUUGUGAGUGCGUCAGUGAGUGUGUGUGCGAGUGUGUGUGUGUAUGUGAGUGUGAGUGCGUCAGUGAGUGUGUGUGCGAGUGUGUGUGUGUAUGUGAGUGUGAGUGCGUCAGUGAGUGUGUGUGCGAGUGUGUGUGUGUGUGUGAGUGCGUGUGUGUGUGUGUAUGUGAGUGUGAGUGUGACAGUGUGUGUGUAUGUGAGUGUGAGUGCGUCAGUGAGUGUGUGUGCGAGUGUGUGUGUGUAUGUGAGUGUGAGUGUGACAGUGAGCGUGUGUGCGAGUGUGUGUGUGUGUGUGAGUGCUGUGAGUGCGUCAGUGAGUGUGUGUGCAAGUGUGUGUGUGUAUGUGAGUGUGAGUGCGUCAGUGAGUGUGUCCGAGUGUAUGUGAGUGUGAGUGAGUGUGUGCGAGUGUGUGAGUGUGUGUAUGUGAAUGUGAGUGCGUGA